AUUUGGAUUCAGAGGUCUUUAAUUAGAUCUGAAAGCUGGUGUGUUUGAUCAGAUGUAUCUAAAUCAGGUGUGAUUGGAAUCUUUGAGUUUUUACCGCUCUGCUAUCACCCCACAGAGAUUCUUGCUUAUUGAUUCUCCUUCGAUUCAAAGCUAUGGCUUGGUUCGAAUCACCAUUCUUAUGCUGGAACUCUUUUUUGGGUCUCAACUUUUUCCCUCCGUUCCAAAUUUGUUUGUUUCCAUCUCCAAAUGCUUCUGGCUUCUGUACCCCUAUCACAGUUUCCUUGCAAGAUUUUUUCUGGAUUAGAAGAUGGAAAGUAGAAGGGGACGGGCUGCUGCUGUUAAGCAAGCUGAAUCUGUUAAAACAGCAGAGCCUGUACAACCAAAUGAAUCUGAAGAGGAAAGAGAAGUUAAGGAGAUGGAGGGAGUGGAAGAGGAAGAAGAGAAAGUUGUUGAUGGUACUGGCACUAGCUCUAAUGGGGGCACUGAUAUGAAAGAUUAUAUGAUAGCAGAUGUUGAAGCUGUGAUCCAUGCAGCACUUCUGGCUUGUCCUCCUCAUGGAUCUGAGAUUCGUAUUGCUGGUCUAUCAAGUGAUAUAUCUGAGGAAGAUUUGAAGAUUUUCUGUGAAUCUGUUGGGCGAGUAGCUCGGGUCAAGAUAUGGAAAAAGAAAUGCUCAUCAGGAAAUUUUUCUGGUGCUUUUGUUGAAUACGAAAGUAAUGAGCUGGCUGCAAUGGCAGUCCAAGAGCUGAAUAAUAUUACAUUAAAGGGAAAGAAGUUAAGCUGCUCAAGAUCUUAUCCAAGACGUUCUUUACUCAUUUAUAAUGUUCCUAGAAGCAUGACAAAAGAUGUUCUGAUAGAAGCAUUGGAAAAGAUCGGUCCUGGAGUCAGUCAUGUGGAAUUAAAAAUGGAGAAUUCUGAUCACUGUGAUCAGGGUCGUGCAUUUGUUCAGUAUUACAACCAUGCUUGUGCAUAUUAUUCUAGAGAUAAAAUGUCUGAUCCAAAAUUCAAGCUUUAUUCCAAUGUGCCUACGGUGAUUUGGGCUCCAACUAAGGGUCAAGCAGUUUAUGUAAAAAACUUACCUAAAAAUGUGACUCGAGAUCAAUUGAGAAGGCUAUUUGAGCGUCAUGGAGAAAUCAAGAAGGUGUACCUUCCACCUGCUAAGUCUGGAGAAGUGAACAGAUUUGGUUUUGUGCAUUUUGCUCAUCCAUCAUCAGCCUGGAGAGCAUCAGAGACUUCGCAGAAAUACCAUCUAGAUGGUCAAGACCUUGAGUGCUUCCUUGCAAAACCUUUAACUGAAAAGAAAGGUGCAACAGGACCUAAUUCACAGGAAGGUCCUCUAUUACAAAAUGUUCCUUCCCAAAUAGGAUAUGGUGUGGUGGGUGGUGUUGACGGUGCCCCGGGAUAUGGUAUGAUGGGUGGUGCCGACGGUGCCCCGGGAUAUGGUAUGAUAGGUGGUACUGACGGUGCCCCGGGAUAUGGUACGAUGGGUGGUGCCUAUAGUGCCUCGGGAUAUGGUAUGAUGGGUGGUGUCGACGGUGUCCCGGGAUAUGGUAUGAUGGGUGGUGCUUAUGGUGCCUCAGGAUAUGGUAUGAUGGGUGGUGCCGACGGUGUCCCUGGAUAUAGUGUGAUGGGUGGUGGCUAUGGUGCCCCUGGAUAUCGUGUGAUGGGUGGUGCCUACAGUGCCCCGGGAUAUGGUGUGAUGGGUGGUGUCUACGGUGCCCCGGGAUAUAGUGCGAUAGCUGGUGCCUAUGGUGUUCCUGGAUAUGGUGUGAUGGGUGGUGUCUACGGUGCUCCAGGAUAUGAUGUGAUGGGUGGUGCUUACGGUGCCCCGGAAUAUAGUGCGAUAGCUGGUGCCUACGGUGCCCCAAGCCCUUCAUUUGGGCAGCCCAUGCUUUACUGGAGUUAUGAUGCAUCAGGUACCGCAAGGGUGUCGCCAUUCUUACCUUAUGGUCCCUAUCCAUAUAGCUCUGGAAGUGGAAGAUCCAGUGAAGGCCAGCAAAGUAACAAUAGUAAUCAUUAGUGCAAAUUCAAUCAGCAAAUCUUUACAUAACAUUGUGAUCAUAGAGCUGUGAAUUUCUGCAGAUAUCAACUGAAAUACACCAACAUGUUAGCUUUCUCUUGUCUUGUGCCAUGCCAUAUGUCCUUUUCUUUUCUUUCUUUUUUAUUCUUUUGGUUUUUAUAGGCCUUACAUGGCUUGUAUCACACACAGAUCUUCAUUAUGAAUGGAAGUUCAAGCCUGAAAUCAAAGUAAUCUUCU